AUGGAACCUCGAAUGCCUGUGAGUCAGCAGCCCCCGCCAUCUAUGGUGGGUAAUCCGCAACCAAUUUAUGGGCAACCACAACCGAAUAAAUUUGGUGCCAAUGGUCAUGGCCAGUAUAUGCAACAGCCCUUGCGUCCGCCAAAUUUUCAAGCCACAAACAGAGUUUGUCGAAAUGUCCCACCUGCCGCAUCAAUUGGUGCAAAGGUGCAUCAAAUGGAGGGAAUGUCCGAGUAUCCCCCCGAGGGUUUAAUGCAAAUUAACAGUCCCGCUAUGUCUACCACUAUGAAUCUGCCUGGAGAUCCAGGAAUCCAAAGUGGCUAUCAGCGUGGUCCCCAACUUUAUCCAUAUCAAAAUCCAAAUAUGCAAACAGGACCCAAUAUUCGUCCACCUCAUGUCUCUCCCCAACAACAACCUGUUUAUAAUCAAAUGACCGGACAAUUGCCUAUGGACAUGAUGCCGCAACAACGAUUUCAGGCCCCAAUGCAAGGUCCCCGUUUUCCCAACGAUUCUGAAAUGCAGCAAGUUCCAGUUGGUGAUCCCACCUUGGGCGGUGCUUCCUUCGACAACAGCGGCUUCGGGCUCAAAGUUAGGCCUAUACCUCCUCCUCUUCAAAUCCCCCAACAACAGCAACAGGCCUUGUUUAACCCUCAGCCACUUCCUAUUAAUUCCCCGACUGUGAGUUUGCCUUCACAACAGAAAUCCCUACCCGUUACUCCUUCGAGCAUGAGUAAUAUGGAGACUUCGGAGUCGUAUAGGCAGCAAUCACGUCAGCCAAUUCCCUCUUCUCAAGCUCAACCCGUUGGAAUGAUGCCGCAACAGCCCCAAUUAUCCUCUCCCCAACAGCCCAUGGGAUCACUAGGAUCUUUCACCAUUCCGCCACAAGGUGCUACUUGUGUCAAUUGUUCGGGUGAUCUUUGCGAACCUCCUCUACAGGCCCCAUCUCCCAAUAGCAAUUCCAAUCAGCCCUACCCUCCAAUUCAAUGCGAGGCCGGUUGUCGUGGUUGGUAUCAUCUCCCCUGUUCAGGCCUCACUCUAGAAGCCUUUCUUCUCCUUAAAGCCGAGUCCAACUUUGUUGAAUGGUUAUGCAGUCCCUGUGCAAGCCAAGCUGCUCCCAAUAUCUCCUAUCUCCGUCCACGAAAUCUCUCCGCACAUUAA